GUGCACUGCUUCUCUGGAGUUCAUGAAAUGUACUUUGAAGAAGCAAGUGUACUGGUGGAUUUAAGUGAACGAGAGAGCGGGGAAAAAACUCAGGGCUGAUAUUUGAAAACCCAUUCUUAAGUCUGUUUUGUUUUUUAAAAUUUGAAUGCACAAGAGGAUGCCUGUGAAAUCUGUCAGCACAACUGAGGAACUGCUGCAGAGAUCAGGAUUGAUCACCUGAUUUGGAUAACACACAUAUACCUGCUUGAUCCAACAGAAAGUGACUAGAAAGUGAAGUCAUAUAAGUGCCCGUGUCUCAGAAGUAAAUGGCUUGAUGAAGAGCUCUCACCACUUCCUAGUCACUAGCUGACAGCCAGGAACUACUUAUGUUUCAUCACUACUUCAGAUGAGACCUUUCCAAACUGACCCAUGUGCCAGCAACUGGGGAGCAGCAGCAGCCGUCUGCUCUCCUCUACCUGUAACCAAAAACACACUGUGGAGGUGGCAAACAUUGCAGCAUGUAACAGGUUUCUAUUUACAGUAAAUAUGCGACCUGCAACAAGUCUUCUGCUUUCAACUGCCAACCUGCAAACUUCCUGAUGUACAAGACCCAAAUUGCAGCAAGUCAGGUAAGGCAAUUUUUUAAUUUGUUUUCAUCCUAUUUUUUUAGUGUGAAUGAUACAGCAAUAUAGAACUUUUAAAUUUUUUUUUAUUGUGUGAUUAUGUAUUGGGUCAAGAUCUCCAGACAGCUCGAAGCACCGCAUGUGAUCAUAUCUUUAAAACAAUUAAAGCCCUAUCACUGUCAUGUGAACAUUCCAUGAGGAACAGGUGCAAUAGUCUUGUUACUGUGGACUGCUUUAAGGUCUCUCUGCUGUGAGUGACUCCUUCACCAGUGAGCUCCAGCUCAGACAGGUUCUUGUUGUGUUGAAGGUGCUGGGGCUGUGCAUAGCCACAGCAAACCAACCCCAAACACAAACAAGUCCAUCUCUGUGUCACAGCCACCCCAUCCUCAUGGGGUUUUUCUUUCAGUCUCAAGGUGGCUGAUGGUUGGCUCACAUCGUUCUCGACAUCUCAAAGGUUUUGGAAGACACGUCAUGUCACUUUUUUCCUAUACAAGACACAUGGAUGAUGGCGAAGAGGGAAUGUUGAUGGCAGAAGAUCAUGGCCCUGAUCUGAUUCAUCCUCAGGAUUUUAGGGGGCAAUGUGGCAUCAACAGAAGUAAUUUAGCCUAUUAUGACUGUGAAGAGAGAGAACAGCCAGUGCCCCAUGAAAGUUUGGAUUAUCUGCCUUCACACAGUGGAGUUUAUAAGAAGUGGCUACAAGAGAAAACAUGCGGAAAAGAGUGGGAUCGAUGGCUGCUGAUGGGGCUAAUUGGAACAGCAGUUGGGAUGCUGGGGUUUUUGACUCAUCAGAUAGUUGAUUCUCUCUUCAAAUUGAAAUGGGACCUGGUGGAAAAUUACCUGAAGGAUAGCAACUUCCACCUGGUGUGGGUGUGUGUGCUGGGUCCCGGGCUGGCCAUGGUCCUCGUGUCCUCAAGCUUGGUGCUGUUCUUUUGCCCAUCUGGUUCACCAUCUGGCUUGCCUGAAAUCAUUGGAUAUUUGAAUGGCACUUCUAUUCAACAUCUAUUUAACAUCAAAACCUUCCUAGGGACCUUUGUCUCCUGUGUGCUGGCUGUAGCCUCUGGGCUCUUCUGUGGUCUGGAAGGUCCCAUGGUCCAUUUGGGGGCUAUCUUGGGUUGUGGCCUGAGCCAGCUGCAGUCGGACACACUUGGCAUCCACCUUCCCUUCUUCACCAGGUUUCGGAAUUCAGCUGACAAGCGCAGCUUCAUUACAGCUGGUGCGGGAGCAGGGAUAGCUUCAGUAUUUCGUGCCCCCAUCGGCGGGCUCUUGUUCACUCUGGAGGAGGUAUCUUCCUUCUGGGACAUCAGGCUGGCCUGGCAAACCUUCUUUUGCUGCUUGACAGCUACCUUCACCACAGAUUUGCUGUCCUCAUCGCUCUAUGGGUUUGUUUUCAGAGGUCACUUUGGAUUUUUUGAAGCAGAAAAAAGAAUUCUGUUUUGGGUUAAAAAUUUGCUGGACGUGCAUGUCUUGGCCUUCAUUCCAGCCAUCCUACUUGGAAUGCUUGGAGGUCUUCUGGGAGCUCUCUUUGUUUCCCUUAAUAUAAAAAUUAAUAAGUUACGUAUGCAGUUCUUUAAUUCAAUUCCAAAAUCAUCCCUUAGCAAAACAAGCAAGCUGCUGGAAACUCUGCUUAUUCUGGUAUGUACUACGACUGUAACAGUAUAUUUGCCGUAUUUCUUUCCCUGCACUCCUGUCAUGAAUGCUGGAAACUAUCAGCUGAGAAACAGCUCAGAAAUCAUAUACCAAUUCAAGAGGGAGAUUUCAGAAUACGGAUGUUCACUGAACACAUCAUGGAUUGGUCCAGAUGGAGUCAGAUAUUCUAAUCAAACCUUCAAUCAAGCUGCUGCUCUUCUGGUUGAGAAUGGUAAGCGAGGGAUCACAUAUCUUUUUAAACGUGGGACUCAUGAGGAAUUUGGAUACACAUCUCUCUGCACUGCUUUGGCAUUUUAUUUCAUCCUCAGCUGCUGGACUGCAGGUUCUGCUGUUGCCAGUGGCGUGGUUAUCCCGAUGCUGUACACAGGAGCUUUGUAUGGCAGGAUAAUCGGUUUGAUCCUUGUUUCCAUUUUUGGUGUUCAAAAUAAUAAAUAUGGAGCAUGGAUUGAUCCAGGUCUCUUCGCUGCCAUUGGAGCUGCCUCCUUUUUCAGUGGUGUGUCAAGACUAACCAUUUCCCUCACUGUUAUCAUGGUAGAGAUCACAAAUGAUGUCCAGUCCUUGCUGCUGAUAAUGCUGGCUGUCAUGACGGCCAAGAUGGUUGGUGACAUUUUUAACACAUCCCUGUACAGCUCCCUUCUGAGGCUGAAAUGCAUUCCUUACUUGGAUGUGGAACCUUUUGUUCAUCACAGGAAAGAACGGCUGAACCUAGAAUUGUUCUCUGCCAGGGAUGUCAUGGAGCCUCACAUGAGAGUCCUUCACCUGAAGGAAAACAUUGCCUCCUUGGCUUGGCUUCUUGCAAGCACAAGCCAUGGUGGAUUCCCUGUGGUUGGUAGGACCAAGUCAGAUCAGGCACAGGUGUUUCAAGGAACCAUUAAGAGGUUAGAGCUGUACAUGUUGCUGGAGAACGAGCACAUCUUUGAACCAGAGACAAACAACGAAUCUUUCUCCUUCUCACAUCCUCUACCCUAUGAGAAGAUAACAGUGGAGAAGCUGCCCAAGCCGUCGCGCCUGGCCAUGCUGCUGAAUCGCUACACUACAGAUCCCCGGUAUCAGCAACUCUUCAUCAAUCUGGAGCCAUACAUAAACAAAUCGGCCAUGUCAGUCCAAGCCCAUUUCUCACUGCAACGCACGUAUAUCAUCUUUCGCACCCUGGGACUGCGCCACCUCACUGUGGUCGACUUGCAGAAUCGAGUGGUUGGUGUGAUCACCAGGAAGGACCUGAUGCCUCUCCCCUUGGAGGAGAGGCUCAGACUCCAGCUGUCUGCACACAGCCCUGAUGGGGGGAGUAGCCUCUGGAUUUAAGGCAGUGGAUAGUGGAUUUAAAGCUAUGGAUGCAUUCUCGGGAUUUGUCGCUUCUUUCUGAGCUCAUGCUUCUUCAAGAAAAAAUAAUCAGAGCUUUUCCACUUGAUCCCUUCUGGAAAAGAGAUGCUUAAAAGCUGUUGUAAACUAGACAUGUGGGGCUGUAGCCUAGAGCUACGUCUCUACAGCUGUUUGGCGAUUGCAAAAUUCAUUGACUUAAAUGCUUGCGAGGCAGAAUAGGAAUUCAUGUGUUUAUGAAAGAUGCAUAUAAAAUCAGAUCUGUAGGAUGGAUAUUAAGGACUCUUUCUUCACACCGUGUCUGUGCCUCCCAAUGAAAAAAUGUCAUGACCCCUAGCAGCAAAGUUAUGCUGGCAAAACCUUUGAGCUAGGACUAAAUUUCCAACCACUGAACAUCUGCUUCCAAACCAGUGUUUUUAUGUUGAACCAUGUAAGUUUAAUUGAAAGGAAAUACUGCCUUGAGAGAAGCAGCCCAUUGAAAGAAACAGGGGAUUGGGCUUUCAUAUUGGCCUAUGUGUUACUGCAAUCCAAAGGGCGAAUUGAAAGUGAAUGAGAAAUCUGACAUGCCUUUCUAUUGCUUAAAGUUCUUCAAUUUCUUGACUGCUAGAAUAGGCUCUCUUUCUCUCUUUUAUCCUGAUAAGAGAACAUUUUUAGUUCAGGUCAUGUGUAGGGAGGUAUGUAACAAAUUCUCAUAAUGGGGAUGUAGCAUGAUAAAUUGUCAGAGCAGUUUUUGAUAGCAGCAUAUUUAGAAACUAGAAAAAAAAGUAAAUAAUUCGUCAUGAUUUUGUAGUCAUGCAAUGUUUGAAAGUUUGGAAAGGAUUGAUUGUUAAUAAAUUAAUGUGAACAAUUUUUUGGACGAAGACACUGUUAGAUCUCCUUCUAUGACUUCAUAAUUGAUGUUUAAUUUUAUUCUGUUAAAUAACAUAGGGAUUCACACAGCUUUGAAUAUCAAAACCUAAUAUGCACAAAGGAAUUCACCACUAUUAAUGCUGUUAUAAUGAAUAUCAAGAAAAACCAGUAAUAAUUUACUGUUUCUAAAAAGUUGCCAAAUUCCUGAAAAUGAAUUUCUGGUAUUUGAAUCACGCAGCUUUGAGUUUCUUAUGAAUCAAAGAUUUGUUGGAUUUUCUCCUAUUUUCCCUGCUGGAUCUUGUCUUAAUUAACAAUAAUGUUGCUUUUGUAGCACCACAGAGAAUGCACAGCUCUUUAAAACUGAAAUGUCCAAGUCAAUGCAAACAGCUGGCAGACCAAAAAGGUAUGUAGGUACAUGAGAGAAGCUCUUUAAAUGGUCAGUUAAAAUAUGGUCAUGUACAAGACGAGAAAUGCCUUCUCAGUCAUCCAUCAAAGAGGCACAGAGCUGGAUGUGUAUUCAGAUCAUGUUACAGUUCGUAAUGUUUUGUUCAUUAGCAUUUCAGUAAGGUUGCUGUCAUUGUCAGCCUAUGCCUCACCUACCCAAAGAAUGCAAAAAAAAAUCUUGAAGGAAUUAGGCCUGAUUUGUCCAGAGUUUUACUGGCUGAUGGUGCUAGCAGAAUAGGAGAUCUAAUCCAUAAAGAGAUUAAGGGAUUUCCCUUGAACACAGCGAGAAUCAACUUUUCUUGUGAUAAUCAAAUCUGAAUAACCUCGUUGUGAAUUUGUGGUUUUGUUUAAAAACUGUUGAUUUCCUUUUCAUUAUCUCCUGCAUAUACAAAGCACACAGAGGCAUGGGUAAUGUAAUUGCUUUUUGCUGACAGUAUCUGUGGCUAAAUGUCUCAGUGCAAUCUGUAGUCAGAGUGUACUGUGCUGGAGACAGCUGGGAAAUCAGUAACUCAUUACCUGACUUUGAACAGGUCACUUAAAUGCUUGGCAAAUCAUUUUCUGUGCCUUUAAAAUUGGAACGAUAGCAUGGACCCACCACAGCUCCUGUGAAAAGCAUGUGUGCCAAAUAUUAUAUGAAUAUAAACUAUUUAUAAUAAUGCUUUGUGCAAGCCAAUUAUAAAAGACGUUGUGAGAAUCCCUCUGUCCUGUGUCAACAAGUAUGAUUUCUAAUGAAAAGUUCACACAAUUUACAUGGAACAUCUUGUAACUAUAUUGUGAAGUAGGGGGAAGAAGACACACUACAUUCUGCCAUUAUCUAGUUAUUUAAUCUAGCUAUUUAACACACAUUUAAUAUAUGUGUGUUCAUGAAGACAGGUGAAACAGAAUUCCUCCCCCAGGACUUCCUGAAACAAGAGGCUCCUUCAAUGUUCUUGACUACAGAGACAAAUCCAUCUCAUCAUGAACCAUAAUAGUGUAAUACAUAUAGAAACAUGAAAAUAGAUGAAAUCUGUAGGAAAAUUUUCAUCAAUAUAUGUUUCCCAUGAUGCACAUAUAAAAUAAGUCUCCAAGGAAUGGCAGCAACAAGUAGACACAUCAGCUGACUGCUUGGCACAAGAUAUUUCUGUUUUUCUUGUCUGCUAAUAGUGAGUGGUAAAUUUUCUGCUAUUCCAUCAGUUGACCUGAAAUAAGGACUGGAUAUUUAAAACAAAAAUACUAGUUUUAUGAAAAAUACAAAUCAUUUCUCACAAUUUCUGAACACAAGUCUCUGUGAUAGAGUUUUAAACAAAAUCCAAGUCACAAGGAUUACAUAUUUUCAGUUUGUGCUAUGCAUCUACCCCUCUUUCAUCUCACUCUCUGUGAUGGUGUUUUUCCUAAUAUUUCUUACUCUCUUAAGCUUAAAUUUAGCUUAAAAAACAGGCAGACUAAAAUUUAGAUCUGGGUUUGAAUUACAGUGUUGCAAGUUUCCCACUGUUCAAUUAAAACAUUG